AUGCCGUUCUUUGGGGACUUUCCGCCUUUUCAACAAAAAACAGAGACGGUGUUUGCAAUCCCCCGCCCGAUUCGAAGGUCGAGGGUUCGUUUUUAUAUCCCCAAGUCUGAUGAGUUUUCCUGUAAACGGACCGAUCGCCAAGUCGACAGGGCCCUAGCGGGUGAAUUGAGGGCUUCUUUACCGGCGGAAUUCGCCAAAGCUGAGAAAGAAAAAUCUGACGAACGAAAUGAAAACAUUUUGGAGAAUCAAAAUAGCGCAUGGGAGGGAAUCUUGAGGAAUAAAAAAGAGGCACCGACUGCUUUGGACGCCUCUCAGUUGUGCACUGACGUGCUUUCGAUCGCACCUUUAAAUGUUUUCCUUUUAGGGGACCAAACGCAGGUUGAUCCAAUGCUAAAGUCAGCGUAUUCUCCGUCUCCGAAAUUUCCUUAUAUAGUUACGCAAGGGGAGGAGGAGGGUCCCCAUCUUGAAGGCGAGAUUAGAAACAAUAAGAAUCCGAAGGUUCCGAAUUCAAUUCAAACUUUGAACAUCACGCAAAAUAGCUCGUUUUUAGAUUCUAUUAUUGAUAAUACCGAUAAGGAUAGUGAGGGUGAUGACAAAUUCUCUUUGAAAUCAAUAGAACUUCAAAAAGAGGAUUCCAGUGAGCAGGAAGUCGGCGCCAGGGCUCUUCAUCCUGACAGUAGUCAUCCUAGCAUGCAUAAUGAUUCUGUUAUUGAAAAAACAGAUUAUAUUGCGAGUGAAGUAAGAGAUAAAGCAUCCAGUGAAAAUGCGAGCGUAUCAACUUUGAGCGCCUCCGAGAUGGACGCCCUUGAUGCUAAAGGGGCCGUUUUCUAUCCUGCGCAAAAGGAAGACUUCAAAGCGAACUAUCAGAAUUCUUUAAUUCAGAACGAAAAAGAAGAAGACAGAUGUAGAUAUAUAAAUUAUUAUUCUACGAGCACGCAAGGUCAUUUAUUAUCCAAGUCAUAUGUUAAUCUUUACUUAUCGCCUUCUCUGUCUUUAAUUGCAAAGCAGAAAGCAACGACAGAUUUCAAUAACUCUAUUGAGAUAGAUGACAAUUUCGCUUUAAAUUCCAAUAAGUAUGAUGAUUUGACAUUAUCUACAAGCAAUUUCUCACUGAAGUGGUUAGAUACCCCGGCGUUAGCGAGUAUUUACAAUGAUUUGUAUGUGAAGAAGGAGAGCUUGGAGAAGCAAAAAGAGGGGAUGGUUUCACCCUCCAAAAGGGAAGAAAAGGAUGUAAUUACCAUCAGAGGCACCGAGGAGAAUAAAAAUAUCGAUGCCAUUUCUACAGAAAAUCCUGAAAAGUAUAUUGAUUUAGAUUAUAUGCAUAAAAAUCAGAAGGCGAUAUUUUCUAGAUAUAAAAGUGAUGUUUUCAGCGCAACAGUGAGAAAACGGGUUUCAUUUUGUCAAAUGCCAUAG